GCCCCCCCCGGCCCCGUCCCCUUUGUGCCGUCGGAGCCGCCGUCGGUGUUGGAGCCCGGCGCGCAUGUGGAAGGUCUGAGCCCUCUCCCACCAUUGCUGGGGCACUAUGGACACCGAAGCUGUGCAGCCACAGGAGGCUCUGCUGACAGUCAAUGAGCAGGUUAUUGUCAUGUCCAGCCAUGAGACCAUCCGGGUGCUGGAGGUCGGUGUGGACACCCCGAUCCCGGCCGAGGAGGACCCCAAAGCCUCGGCUAUGGCUCCAGGGGAGGUAGCUCCGGGGUCCCCAGCACAGAGCGGCCAUACAGGCACUGAGGACGUCCCAAGCAGCACACAGAGCUCCUGUGGUGGGGAAGCAUCCGGUAAACCCAAGCCGGUGACCGGAUCAUCCCCCAGCACCAUCCCCUCUGCUGGCACAUUCACCCCCACCACAAACCAGCAGCCACAGGCACUGGCCCCAUUGGCCCCACAGGUCUUGACUCAGGAAAACUUAGCAACAGUUGUGACAGGAGUAAUGGUUCCAGCAGGGACAGUUACUCAACCUCUUCUUAUCCCCAUCAGUAUUGCAGGUCAAGUGGCAGGUCAGCAGGGGCUGGCUGUGUGGACAUGUCCUACAGCAACGGUCGCUGCCCUCCCCGGAUUGACGGCGGCUUCUACAGGGGGGAUAUUCAAAGCACCCAUAGCCAGUGUGCAAGCUACCGCCGUGCUGAGCCCAUCCAUAGCAGCACCAGUACCACCAGCCCAGCCAGUGCCGUCUAUGGGGCAGCCCCGUACCCCACUGCAGCCCCCCACUGUGUUCACCCCCAGCCCCGGCCAGCCCCCAAUCCUGCCCCAGCCCAGCGCUGCACCCACAGCACCCGGCACCCAGACCCACAUCACUGUGCAGCCGGCUGGAUUCGCCUUUAACCCUGGCUUACUCAGCACCGCUCCUCUGGGGGCUCAGCCCCAGCUCCUCACCCCCUUGGCAGCCACCCCGGUUAUCACCAGCCCCAUAUCCAGUGUCCAGGGCAUCGCAGGCCAGAUCCUCACCAAUGCCCAGGGCCAGGUCAUUGGGACACUGCCAUGGGUGGUGAACCCCACUGGGAUGGCAGCUACUGGUCCAGUACCGGCCCCGAGCCUGCACGUGCAGACGGUGACACCACAGCUGCUGCUCAAUGCCCAGGGCCAGGUCAUUGCCACGCUGGCCGGUAGCAGCCUGCAGGCACCUGGAGCCAAGAAAACCAGCACCCCCGAGGCCCCGGCACGCACCGAGGUCCAGCCCAUCCAACCAGCCCCAGCUCUGUCCCAGCCGGCUGUGGUGAUCCCAAACCCUGCCCCAUCAGCCAAGGCUUCCUCUGUGCCCGUCCCCAUCACCUGCUCCGAGACCCCAACCGUCAGCCAGCUGGUGUCCAAGCCCCCGGCUGCCAACAGCAGCACGGAAGAGGAUGGGAUCAACCUGGAGGAGAUCCGGGAAUUCGCCAAGAACUUCAAGAUCCGUCGCUUGUCCCUUGGGCUGACGCAGACACAGGUGGGACAGGCACUGACGGCCACCGAGGGUCCUGCCUACAGCCAGUCGGCCAUCUGCAGGUUCGAGAAGCUGGACAUCACCCCCAAGAGCGCCCAGAAGCUGAAGCCGGUGCUGGAGAAGUGGCUGAGCGAGGCCGAGCUCCGUAACCAGGAGGGGCAGCAGAACCUGAUGGAGUUCGUCGGGGGGGAGCCGUCCAAGAAGCGGAAGCGCCGCACGUCCUUCACCCCCCAGGCCAUCGAGGCUCUCAACGCCCACUUCGAGAAGAACGCGUUGCCCACGGGCCAGGAGAUCACCGAGAUCGCCAAAGAGCUCAACUACGACCGGGAGGUCGUGCGGGUUUGGUUCUGUAACCGGCGCCAGACGCUCAAGAACACCAGCAAACUGAACGUCUUCCAGAUCCCCUAACACCCCCCAUAGCUCCUGCCAGCAAAGCACUUUCUGCCCCAUAGGGUCUCUAUCACCCCCCUCUAUAGCCCGUGGUUGUGUCCGUGUGUCCGUCCCGUCCGCAUCCUUCCUCCUGCCCAUCGCACCGGGCAUCGCGUCCGCUUUGUGCCUGCCCCCUGCCUGUGCUGUGCGUGGUGACGGACCCUGCCUGCGCUCACCGCUCUCUAUACCCCCCCCGUGUUGUGUGUGUGUGUCCCCCCCCGAACAAAAUGAGUUAUUCCCAUGUUUUGCCCGUUUUCCCCUAUUCCGGAGGUAAUAUUGGGGCUUGAACCCCACUUUCACUUCACGCCCGCUUUGAUUGCGGAGGGGUUUCUCUAUGGGACCCCCCCACUUUGGGACAGCGCUGUGGGUGUUUGGGGGCUCCCCACUGCCCUUAGAGGGUUUUAUGGGGGUGAACCCCACAACGGAGGCAGCUCCCCUUCCCCGUGUGCCCCCCCUGGAGGCAGAGGGGUUGUGGGGCUCCCCCCCAUUGCUCCAGGGGGACAAUGAGGCUGAAGGGGGGAUGCUGGGGCCGGGACGUGGGGAUUGAUGCACUUGAUGUAGUGGUGUGAAAUAAACAGUAUUUUUCUUUUU